GCAUAAUAUGACAGAUACGUAGUUGCACGCUGUAAGCAGAUUAGAGCACAUUAGAGGCAGCUCCUGCCGGCUAGCCUUGGUUUGAUCGUUGGCCGCGGCCUUAUCCCCGCAGCGCUACUAGUAUUCACCCACCACGGCACGAGUACCUGGCUGUACUCAGAAUUCACCUGGAGAUGCUCAUCCGUCUGCAGACGACCUCGCGCGAGGAUGCUGCCUAAGAAGUCCUCCGUUCUCUUCUCGUCUUACGCCAACGUCUUCACGCCCCUCUAUUCCUCCCACGCCUCACCGCACUCAUGUCGUCAUACAUCGCCGAGUUCGCAGCACACGACACCACGCCGACCAUACGCAACACACGCCGACAGCAAUGAAGCCGACCUACUCAGCUGGCCUGAGGCUAACCGCCCGCAUUCAACGCCCACACCAUAUCAAAUUUUGAACUGCAAGAAAGGCGAUCCAUAUAAGAAGAACCGCUACUAUGCCCUCGUCAAACUCUACCACCCGGACCGCUGCCGACCAGGCUCCUCCACAUACACGCUCCCUCCAGCCGUCCGCCUGGAACGUUACCGCAUGCUCGUCACAGCUCACAACAUCCUCUCCGACGUCGAAAAGCGUAAAGCGUACGAUGCCUGGGGCGCCGGCUGGGCAGGCCAUCACCGCACCCCAACGUCAAGUGGGCACUCACACAACCCGUACGACUGGGAAUUCGACCGCAAGCGUUGGAACACGGAUCCGCGCUCGAACGCAACAUGGGAAGAUUGGGAGCGGUGGUACGGCGAGAACGACUCUUCUCACCCACAGAAAGAUCGCGUGGUGCAGAUGAGCAACUUCACCUUCAUAUCGCUGAUCUUUGCGUUUGUGGCGAUUGGCGGUGUGAUGCAGGGAACGCGGUUUAGUGGGUUUCACAACAGUGUUGUGGAGAGAAGAGAUCAAAUCCAUCGCGAGGCUAGUGGUGUGUAUCAGCGCAGUCGACAUGCUUCAAUGAGUGGCGACCGAGAUGAGAGGAUACGCACGUUCUUGGAGCACAGGGAGGCAAAUUUGGCGGGCGAAGAGAGUUAUCACCGACUUCUGCCGCCAAAUGAUACUUGUGCGCCGAACGAGAUUCGGCGGCAUGGAGAGUAGAGUACUUUGAAAGUUACAGGCGCAUUUAGGCGUUGGGAGGCAUGUUGUAUAUAUCAGUCGGAUUGGCGUACAUACCUGGGCAUCUAGUUAUCAUGAGUUUGGUCUUUCAGGACCUGAGCAUGCCUUGCAGCUCCCAUCACGAUAAUACCGAAUCAAAUAUUCUAAAUUUACAAAA